AUGACCCGAUGCCCGUUUUGCGCCGUGUCUGCUGCGAGUGGCUUCAACGUCAUCUGGGAGGACGCCGAAUUUGUCGUUUUCAAAGAUAGAAAGCCAGCAGCGGCACACCAUCUCCAGUUGAUUCCGAAGAGGCACAUAGCUAGCGUGCGCUCCCUGACGAAGAACGAUGUUGAACUCGUGCGAUCGAUGCAGGCUCUCGGAAACGAAUUGCUCGACGGCUUGAACGUGCCACCAGCCUCGAGAGUGAUGGGAUUCCACAUCCCGCCAUUCAACUCCGUUAGCCAUCUACACCUCCAUGUGCAGGGCCUGCCUUACAAACCCCUCCGCUCCCAAAAAUACCAUAUUUCCAAAGGCUUCGGGCGUUUUUACAAGGGUCGCUUGAGCGCGACCGUUCAAUCGGCGUACUGCCGUGCUGAACAUUGUCAGCACAACUAG